UAAGUCCUUGCAGCGCCUGCGCAGUGGGUUCUGCUGAGGCGGUGCCUAGUCAACCGGCUUUGCCAGUACCCGGUAGCUGCUGCAAAAAAAAUUGGCCUCCUAACGGUAGAUCAAGAUGGCUGAUCCUUGGGAAGAAUGCAUGAACUAUGCAAUUGUUUUAGCAAGAAAAGCUGGUGAGGUAAUCCGGGAGGCAUUGAAAGAGGAAAUAACUGUCAUGAUUAAAAGUUCUCCAGCAGAUCUAGUCACAAUCACUGAUCAAAAAGUGGAAAAUAUGAUUAUAUCUUCUAUAAAAGAAAAAUAUCCAUCACACAGCUUUAUCGGAGAAGAAUCUGUUGCAGCUGGUGCAGGAAGUAUUUUGACAGAUAAUCCCACAUGGAUUAUUGACCCUAUAGAUGGAACAACUAAUUUUGUGCAUAGGUUUCCCUUUGUAGCCGUUUCAAUUGGCUUUGUAGUAAAGAAACAGAUGGAAUUUGGAAUUGUGUAUAGCUGUGUAGAAGACAAGAUGUAUACUGGUCGAAAAGGAAAAGGAGCCUUUUGCAAUGGACAAAAACUCCAAGUAUCAAAACAACGAGACAUUACAAAAGCACUCUUAGUAUCAGAAUUGGGGUCCGACCGUGAUCCAGAAGUUAUAAAAACAGUUCUUUCUAAUAUGCAAAAGCUCCUUAGCAUUCCUAUUCAUGGGAUUAGAGCAGUAGGGACAGCAGCUAUUAAUAUGUGCCUGGUGGCCACAGGAGGAGCAGAUGCCUAUUAUGAGAUGGGAAUUCACUGCUGGGACAUGGCAGGAGCUGGAAUUAUCAUUCUUGAAGCAGGGGGAGUGCUGCUCGACAUCUCAGGAGGACCAUUUGAUUUGAUGUCAAGAAGGAUCAUUGCUGCAAAUUGUCAAGCAAUAGCAGAGCGGAUAGCAAAAGAGAUUCAGAUCAUUCCUUUGAAAAGGGAUGAUGCAGUGAAUUAAAUAUCUGAUCACAUGGCCUCUAUUUCACAAAGAACUUCUUUGAUGCUCAUUCACUGUACCUGAGUAAAUAUAGGCUCAGUUAUCCAUCUUGAUACGUCAAAAUCUGUUGCUGAAAUCCUUCCCCCCUCCAAUGUUUUAAACAUUUCUUUUAUUAUUUAUUGUGUGUGCAGCACAUUUUUAAAUGUCAUGCUUUCUUGUCUCUGACAAGAAAAUAAAUGGGAUAUGGUGCAAAAGAGGAUGGAGUAAUUCAUCUAUAUAAUUAAUAGUUCAGAACACAUUUGACUGUCCAUACAGUUCCAUGUGACAUUUUUUUCCUUUGUAUAUUAUAAGGGAAAAGAAUAAAAUCCCUAGCAAAAUGCUUUUUCCUCUUUCCCCUUGCAGCUACCAUGAUCAUACUGUUCUUUCUUCACCAACUUGAUUUCCUUGCUUAGUAAUGGAUGUAUUGUUUCAAAUGUAUGUGAAACAACGUGCUGAGAAAAUUCAUUGCUUGAAAAAUCUUUCCCACUGAUGCUUCCUAUUUAUAAGAGAAAGAAUGCCUUCUGUUAACUUUCCUUUUACAUGUUUUAUUCAUAGUUUAUAUAAGUGUUUCCAUAAACUGCAAUACUAAUUAUUGUAUGGGGGUAUAUAGCAAACACAAUAGCAGAACAGAAGGUAUGACCAAACUAAAACUAAAAAUCUUACCAUAGAUUUGAGUAGAAUAAUACAACCGUAUUUUGUAUCAGAUUAAGCCACCAUUAGUGUAUUUUGGUCUCUUAGAAUGGCAAGAAUCAAAUAAGUGUUUUUUUUAAUAUUGAACUUUUAUUGAAUUAGGCAUUUUUGUUUUAUUUGGUAUGUGAACAUAUGUGUGGUUUAAUCAUUUAUUUCCAGUAAACUGGAUGAUUUGAAGAAGAUAUUUAAUCCAGAGUUGGAUUCAUUCUUAGAAAUACUAAGAUGUGAAGAAGCUUUACAAAGCUUUAUGACAUCUAGAAGGUUGGAAUCAUAUAUUAAUGCUUGUGAUGUGCAGAACUCAAAUCUAACCAUAACUUUAACACAAAGAUUUGCAUGACAGAAUAAUUCUGAUAUACUAAUGACAUAUUCCCAAAUUGAUGAUAAAUCAUAAAUGUAAGAUUUCAACCUAUUUUAUUCCAGGAGUUAGCAAUGGAAUGUGAACAGGCAUCAACCAUCCAGAUGUCCCUGAAAUGAAGUAAAAAUGUUUUUAAAAUCCAAAUAGCCCAAAUAGUUUACAACUGUUUUCAAUUGUUGGGGAUGCCUUUCUUACAAGUUCAUACAAUGCUAUCUAGCCCUGAAAAAGGUUCCUGAUUUUUUUCCAUGCGUAUUUUUUAUCUUCUUGUGUUUUGGGUUAAAAACUUUAUUAUGUUAGUACUCUCACAUUAGCUAUACCUAUGCAAGCUCUGACAUAUUGGAAGAAUGACUUGUUCCAAAGUAGUGAUAAGUAUACAUAUAAUUUUCACUGGUAAGUUUUUUCCCCCAGCUCAUUUCCUUUCAAAUUGUUUGAGUUUAGCCUCAUGUAGAAAUAAACUGUUCUUAGCCUAAUACUCAUUUCCUGUUGAUUUUACUUGCCUAUCAAUCUCUGGCUUAACUCUGGGUAUCUUGGAAUCCACUUUUGUGAUGGUUGUAUGGAAACAAGAUUUGGUAAAGAACAAGCCAAAUAGGAAUACCUGGACUUCUGCAAAAUAUCUGAGCUCAGAAUACUACAAUAAAUUGAUUUAUAUUGUAAAAUGUAAAUUGUUUUAAAAUUUAUUAUGUUUAAUAAUGUGUUUAAAAUAAAUAUCAGUUUUGUCAGUUAUAAA